AUGGUCAUUAAAUUGUUUUAAGAUAAUAUAAAUGAUAAUUAGUCCAUUAAUUACGUUUUAAUAUAUCUUAUUUGUUAAUUAAAACUUUUAGGGUUUAAUUUUCCACUGGUUCGGGGAGCAAAGUAAAUUUUUGCUGCUCGGAAAACGAUCCCCGCGUCCCUUCACGAUAACUUUUGAGACUAUAUAAGCCAAUGGAUCUUCAGACGCUCUCAACGUUCGUUCUCGUCUUCUUUCGCCUUUAUCCGUGGGCAUUCUGCCCUUUCUUCCCCGUUCCUCGUAAAACUGGCUUCUUUGCAGAAACAAGCAGUAGCUUCUUCCUCUUCUGUUUUUAGUGCAAGAAGCUCUAAUUUGGUGAUUGCUUAUAAGAAAUCAGAAAUCAAAAUUUGGGCCUUUUUUUUCCUGUCCAAAAUUUAUUUGUUUGUUGAUAAGAAAUAGAGCAGAGCGGACUUGAGAUUUAUGGAAGGGGGCAGAAAGGGCGGCAGGGGGUUUCAAAGAGGUGAUGUAGGAGAGGAGGUUAGAAGGCAGAAGGCGAAGGGGACGCAGAUUGAGAUAGCAGCUGGUAGAACGGAGGAGAGGCAGAAACCGGCGGAGACGCCGAUGGCGGCAUUCCGUUCGCUGAAGAAAAUAAGAAGCCCAGACCGACACUCAUCGAAUCAAGCAUCUACUUCCCCGACUCUAGCUACGGCGUCUUCUUCCAUCGCUUCGCGCCCAAUCUUCCCUUUUGCUUACGAUUCAGAAUCAGCUGCUAUUUCUCUUUUCCAUUCAAAUCAGCAGCAGCAGAAAAUGAUCACUUUUGAUCAAAACCAGUCAUUUUCAAUCGGUUCUGGCUCUUACUCAGCUCCUCCGCUUUCUCCCCUGCUUCCAAGAGAAGCCUUACAGCAGAGGUACUCUGAGCAGAUGCUCAAAUACUGGAGUGAGGCGCUGAAUCUCAGCCCACGAGGACAUAUGAUGAUGAUGAGCCGCUUGGUCGCCCAGGAAAAUAGAGGCCGGUCGCCGGCGUCACUUUUCCGGAUCCCCGGAGCGGUACCAACGCCGACGAAGCUCUACAGAGGAGUGAGGCAACGCCACUGGGGAAAAUGGGUUGCCGAAAUUCGCUUGCCGAGAAACCGCACUCGGCUUUGGCUCGGCACUUUCGACACUGCCGAGGACGCCGCACUCGCAUACGACCGCGAGGCCUUCAAGCUUCGUGGCAAGAACGCUCGCCUUAAUUUCCCCAGCCUCUUCCUCGGCGCCGCCGAAGGAAGCAAUAGCAAUAAUGCGGAUUCCUCCUCUGACAUGACUCGAACGGAGGUUUCAAAAGACAGCGGAAGCCCUCCGCCGGAGAAUAGCAAAGCUCAGGCGGAAGCGAAGCCUGCAGGGCAGAGCUCGGAGGGAACAGAGUUGGUGUGGAGUGAAGCGGAGGAGGCCUGGUUCAGCGCGUGGGGGCCGGGGAGCUCGGUCUGGGAUGAUGUUGAUGGAGCUAGAGGCAACUUGCUUUUCCAAUCUGGUCUCGCGUCUAUCUCAGAGUCGCAAUCUGAUUGCAUUCAGGCUCCUGCUUUUGCGGGAGUUGGCAUGGAAACCUCUUCUUCUUCUUCUUCUUCCCCUGCUUUCUCUCCUUCCAUGUUCAUAUGGAAGGACCCGUAAUUCUGUUCGAUUUUUUUCGAGCAGAUGAACAAGAUUAAAUCUUUCAGACGCUGACGAAUAAAACAACUCAAAACUCAAUCGAAAGUGACCGAAUUUAUUUGAUCGGCUCACUUUCAAUUCCAGUUUUGAUCUCAAAGUCAUCUCCUCUCUCUCUCUCUCUCUCUCUCUCUCUCUCUCUCUCUUUCUCCUCUCUGCAUAAAUUUCAUGGGUUGCAGAAUUUUACAUGUCAACCAGUGAAGAAUCCACUCUCUGUCGCCCCAUCUCUCUCUGAAACUUGGCAUCAAACCAUGGCUGCAUAAAUUUUAGCUUGCAGCCUUUCUUCUCCACCCUUCCAUUAAAACAAAACCAAAUCAAUCAAAACAUCUUUCUUGUUAGAAUUCAUCUGCAUACAGUUCCAUAAUAUCCGUCCAGCCCUGUUCAUGAAAUCCUAAUCAACUACUGGUCUACCUUAUCUCUUAACUUUGUACCCUUCUGGUUAUGAUUUGAUUUUAAAAAUGGAUUUAGUGGAUUGAAGAUGAAGGUUUGAUGUAUGUUUAAGAUAUUUAUAUUUUGAGACAGCGGGUAACGAUAUGUAGAAAGCAGAUGAGGAGGGAGACAGUUUUAUUUUCUCCUCCUCUCUUUCUGUGUUGGAUUUUUUUUUGUUCUUAUGUUAUGUUGAUGUAGCAAAAGUUACUGUUUGUUGCUGUUGUUGGUUUAUGAAUAGAAUAUGUUGAUGGAUGUGUUCCUUUCAAA